UGUCAACAGAGAGAAGAAGAAGAAGAGGAGGAAGAGGAGCAGAGACAGAGAGCGGCUUCUAACGGAGGAGGAGGAAUGGGCUGCAGCCACAGUAAGAAGAAAAGCAAAGGCAAGAAGGGCGAGAAGAACCAGAAAGAGAGCGGCCGCCGAGAUGACGGAGGUAAACGCACAUCAGGCGAGCCGGAUGUCUGUCUGGAGAAGCAGCUGGAGCGCUUUGAGUGGCAGCUGAGGAUUUUAAAGGAGGCCAAUGGGAACCCGGAGAGGGCGGAGCUUCUGAGACACCACGCAGAUGAAGAGGUGUGCGCCCUCGUCCUGAGCAUCCUCGACAAGGUGAAAACAGAGACGACGGCUGAUCUGAACGUGCUGCAUGAACAGAGGAGUCAAACUCUGACUGAGGAACAUGAGAGGAGCGUGGAAGAGCUGCAGAAGAAACACAAACAAGAGAAAACUGAACUGACAGAAAAGUUUCAGGCGUCUGAAAAUGUCCUCAAGGCUGAGGUGGAGCAGCUGUCAGCAGAGCUGCAGGUUUACAACGAGCUGAAGAGGAGAGUUCACGAGUCUACAUUUAAGAAAGACCUGCAGAGAAAUAUUAAGGCCCAUGGCAGCCCAGGUGCAUUCUGGGAGUCUGAGCAGGAGUCUCUGCUGUUUGUGAUUGAGAUGAAGAGUGAGCGCGUGCAGGAGCAGAACAGGAAGCUGCAGCAGAUGGACGCUCUGGUGGAGAAGAAUCUGUCUCUGGAGGACCAGAUCGUCCACAUCCUGCAGCAGAACGAGGAUCUGAGGGUUCGCACAGACAACUGUCAGACUCUGAUUCAGGAGUUAUCAAAGGAGCAGCAGGACCUGAAGAUGGCGCUGGAGAGGCAGGCGGUCGUAAACCAGAAGCUUUCUCAGGAAAAAGAGCAGCUGAUGUUCAAACUGAGACACAGAGACUCGUGUCCGACCAUCCACCUGCCCGCCAUGAUGCAGGAGAUCACACCGAGAUGAUCUCACUCAGUGUAGAUAGACACCAGACUUGUAAUUAAUCACCAGGUAAAACACAGUCGGUCAGAUUUACCGCUCUGUAACUGAGCGUUAAACUCAAACUGGGCCGCAGCUGUUGGUCGACCGCUCUGUUACAGAGAGCAACAGGAAGCAUCAACACAACUCUGCAGCUCUGAGGUCAAGUCUCAAGGUUUAAAAAUGGAUCCUGUCGACUUUGAUCCAGAACACCACAAGACUGAAUAUUUCAUUUUAACUGCGACUCCACUGGUUAAUGUUCGGAUGUUAGCACGCAGCCGAGCAGGUUCAGGGUCUCAAAUGAACCACGUCAGUCCCUGACGUAGCAUCGCACCAGCUCCACAGACUGAGGGCUGCACCCUGAGUGAACACACUGUAUGGACCUCAGACCAUCCCGGGUAACUCUGUCGCCACAAUCAUCCGUUUGUUUUUAACUCUUUUGAAAUGAGCAGCCUCCGUCAGCUGACAGAUAAUGGAGGGUUAAAACAUAUUUGUUCUGUCGGUUAUAAAACAAAGAUGGACAGAUGAGUGUGGCAGCAGCCUAAGAGCUUGGUCACACCUGAAAGUCACAUAGCAAAUCUUUGCCAACGUAGUGGCUACCUGUGGGGCUACCUGUGGGGCUACUUGGCAAGCUAACAGGUAGAAUCUUAGCUAGCUGGUAACGUAAAAACAGCAAGACUGAAUACUUUCCUGCUCCUGUUUCCUGAAGCUACACCUGUUAAUCAUUAUGUUAACACGUGACAGAACUAGCCUACCAAGCUGGAGCUGACCUGCCAGUUAGCUUUUUAGCUUGGAAGAAAACUAGAAAAUAAGUUAUCAAGUUUAUUUGAGAGACGUAUUUACACCAUCGACUGUUAGCUCAUGACCGACUGCAGACCAUGUGUGUCUCGGGGUUUAUAUAACAGUGGAUGGUGCAACACAGUAAAUACAGUUUUAGUUCUUCCUCGUGUGUUUUUUUAAAAUAGUUUUCAUUGGACUUCCUGUCUCUCUGUUCCCAUGAACAUCGUCAGGGAUUGUUCAGCAGAGCAACUUCCAAGUUAAGCUCUACAUGAAACCUGACCUUACAGUCUUCUCUGUGAACAAAUCCAUGAAUCACGUCAAUAAUUCAGCUGUUAUAAAAAUGCUGGUGUGAUCGGACGUCAGUACCUUACAGUUCUAUGAUCUACCUGUCCGAUAAAGUGCCUGAGACUCACACGAUGACUGAUCAUGUCGACAUAAAGCUGGAUCUUCUGAUGUUCUGGUUCUAAAGCCAGCGUUCAUCUGAUACCUCAAAACUCUGAGGGUUCAAACUGGACCAGUCGUCACUCCACACCUACUCCACUACUUCUGCUGUAUUCACUCCAUGGAGGAAGCCAGACGUCUCUCUUUUCCCAGCGAGGAUCCUCAAAAUCACAUCAGUCGAUUGACACCUGAUGAAAUCUUGUGCUGUCGGACACUGAGCAGCUCCACAGAGGAUCUGAGAUGAAGUGCCACCGAUCCAGUUUUCACACAGACUGUCCUGAAGUCGCAGUCAGCAGUGAAGCUCUAUGAAGUGCUUGAGUUCAUUUUUCAUCCACUUAAACGUAGACUUCAGGUACUUGAGGUUCUAUUGGUUCUUCCAGAAAGUAUUUCAAGUCAAAGGUGCCAGAAAGCUUUAAGCUUCAAGCGUCCUCUAGAUCCCCUAAAAGUAUUACAGCUCUCCUGGAGGUUGUUGUGAGGACUGUAAGGUGUCAAUAAGCAUCUUAGAGUUCGUCACAAUAAAACAUAACUGUUAGUGAUUCAUUGAGGAUCCUCUCAGGGUUCCUUUUGAUUGCAAACUAGAACCUUUUAAAGGUUACUGUUACUCAAAAUAUCCAUAAUAAACUUAAUCUACACGCCUGGACGUCCUUCAGGUAUUUAAAUCCUGUAGAUUGAAGAACCUAUCGAUAAACUAAACACAGCCGACCUGUUACACUCCCCAACUGUGAUUUUUCUUUUUUCUAGUACUGUUCAGACAUGAUGCCAAAUGUUUUGUCUUUUUAUUGUAGUCACUUUGCUCAUUAUACCCACUUCCUGUUUGCGUGCCGUGCUUUAGGUUUCUCAUUCAUGUCACAACUUUGUCAUAAAUUGAUGUAAUUGGUUGCUGGAGUCAGCUGACACAUUUUAAUUUAGAGCCAUCUGUUUAUUUCUGCUGUUGGGGAAGACACCACUUCACUUCCUGUGUCAGAUGUAAAAUGUACAAUAUUCAGGAGCUGAAAAAACAAACCACACUGAGCCUUGUUUUUCUUGGAGUGAAUUCUAACUGGCUAAAAUACGAUGUUACCAUCCACAGAGGAAGCAUGUUACAUGCUAACUAUUAGCAUGAUAACAUGGCAAAACACUAAAGGCUAAAUACCACAAUGUAAACAUGUAUUAGUUAGUAACAUUUUGCCAGCAAGUCAAUAAAAGCAAAUGAGAGACAAAAGAAGAAAUCAAGAAAUUUUAUACUUAAUGUCAAAGACGUGAAUUUAGAACAAACAAAUUGAGAUACACGAUUUUUUAAAGUAAAAUAUGUUAACGCUAUCAAGUCAGUGGCAUUCAGUAUUAAUGUCUGUUAUUUGCUUCCAUACACGUUAGCAUUCUGUUUGGUGCGGUGAAAGUUGAGUCCAGUGUUUAGCUUCACUAGUUCUCAGCCCACAUUGAACUAUCUGAGUUUAUUAAGUCAUUAGCGACGGCUGUAUGGACUCUUGUGAUUAUACGGUGCCCACGAUCCCAUUUAAAGGCAGCAGCACCUCCAGAGCAAAAGACAGAAUCCCUGUGAGCUCUUCUGUUCUUUGAGAUUAAUGCUAACAUGCCAUGCUAACGUUAGAAUUGUAACUUGCUAAAUAAAACAUGAUGUUACUAUCCAGAGUGGAAGCAUGUUAACAAGGCAAAAUGUCACAUGCUAAACACCAUCAUGCUAACAUCCAUUAGUUAGCGAAUAGCUUGACAACAUUCUACCAUUAGCACGUUAGCAUUCAGUACAAAUAUGGGCUCAAUCACAGCUCAAGUUGAGUUUGAUGUUUAGCUGAUCUUGUGGUAAAAAUCUUACAUUUACAGUUACUUUAAAAAUGUGCACCCAGACAAAAAUUUGGUUUUCAGUUAUUUAAUCAGCAUUAAAGUGUCAGUGAGCUGCUAACGUGACUGUAGAUGUUUGGUCCCACCAGAAAGUGACUGAGCGAAACUCAUCCACGUGUUGCCAAAGUGGUGAUAAGGGUUUGGUGACAUGCUAACUCUUGGGGGGCUAGUUGGCAGACUACUGUGGCUAGUUAGCUAAUAAAUUACAUGCUAGCAGGCCGGUAUCAGCAUGGUGCUAGCAAGACAAAGUAGCUCACAAAGUCAGAUGGGUCAUAAAUAGCUAGUUAGGUACGAAGCUAGCUAACUUGGUACCUAAUCAGAUAAUCAGUUUAAACAGACAACUUCAGCACAAUCCAAACGGUUAGCAGCUGAACAACAACACAAAUUUCACGCUGAAAUUUCUGUGGAGUUUUUUCACCUCCAUGUUUGAGUCUAUUAAUCACAGUAAAUUACAGGACGUCAUUUUUGUCAGAAACAUUUUUGUGUUAAAUGCUGUGUGACCCGAGUCACUGACCUCAGUCAGCUGUUUACUAGUUUGACAUCAAGAGCUACUCGAUAACAAUCACAGAUCAAUAAUCACUGUAUAAAUCAAAGCUUGAUGACUGUCAGAUAUUUGUGUUACUUUUUAAAGAUGUGAAAAAUAUUACCAUGUUAUCAGUUUUUUUUUUUCUCUUUGUUAACGAUGGAUUUUCUGGGACGAGACGUUUGUGUUGCCAAAAAAAAAAAAACAUUUGUCAGUGUUCGGACUCUUUCUCCUUAUGCACUAGCACUUUGACCAGUAUUUUACCAGGAGUUUGGAAAAGAGAGAUUUUUGUUUUCAUGUUGUAUAGUUUUAAAUUUUUUCAGCUUCUUACCUGUAAAAAUGUAUUUCAUCUUUUCUUGGUUGGAUUUAAACAGCAGUUUGUUUUCCUUUUUGUUUUUGGCUUAAUAAAAAGCUUCAGUUAAAACUGA